AUGGAUGCUUCUGAGGAAUCAAAAAGAAUAUCAAUACAGGUUACAUCCCUGUCUACUCAACUAAUUGAGAGUGUAGAUAAACAAUCACAUUUAGAGGAACAGCUUAAUAAAUCUUUAAGAACCAUCGCCAGUCAAAAGUCAGCGAUUGAUAACUACAACCAGCUGAAAACCGAUUAUGAUACCCUGAAACAGACAUUAUCAGAGAGAGAUGAAGAAGUGAUGAGACUGAAUGGGAAUAUUGCCAAAGAAACUCAGCUCCGAACUAAAGCUGAGGAUGAAUCUGGAAAAUUAAACAGAGAAGUCGAAGAUCUGACAGCUUCACUUUUCGAUGAAGCAAACCAUAUGGUUGCUGAUGCUAGAAAGGAGAAAUAUGCUAUCGAAAUAUUAAACAAGAGACUUACCGAACAACUACGUGAAAAGGACACAUUAUUGGAGACAUUGACCUUACAACUUAAAAAUUUGAAGAAAGUAAUGCAUAGUCUAGACAAUGAGAGUACGGUCACAAACAACUCCGGUAGAUACUCAACCAUCUUAAGCGACUCCGCAACUUCUUCUAGCACUUCUUUAAACAAAGUGCCAACUUCCAACUCUUUCACUUCACAAGAUAUGUACAGUGGAAUUGUAUAUUCACCAACAAUAUCAUCUAUUCGUUAUGAUUCAAAUCUUUACAAUGAAUUUUUAAAAUUUGUUGCUGCACUACCUCAUUGUGAAAAUAUAAAGGCAACUUCAUCAGAGUCAAAAUUGAUACGAAGGUUGGUAAAUGAUGAAAUCCAACCUAUACUUAAAAUCGAUAAUGCGUCCGGAAUUGGCUGGUUGGUUAAGAAAACCUUACUCUCUCUGAUUAUAGAUGGUAUGGUGGUUGUGGAACCAUUAAGCGGUGUCAAUGCAACCUACCAAAUCGGAUACAACUCAAGUAGCCCUGUGAAGCAAGCCACUUCUAAUAUGCCAAAGAUGUUUAAGUUUCCCUUGGAUUCGCCCCCAGUAGCUGUGCAUGCUGCAUGUUCCUUCUGUGGAGAAUCCAGAGACGAUAUUAUUGAACACGCAAGGAUGUAUGUGCUGAAAACGUUACAUAAGUCUGAUGAUGGUGCGGAACACGUAACAAAUACCUACCCGUUAUGUCAUUGGUGUUUGCUAAAGGUAAGGCAAACAUGUGAAAUCUUUGCAUUUUUAAGAUCAUUAAAGGUAGGAGCAUGGCAUUUAGAGAAGGUAACUUUGCAAAAUAUUGCCAAGGGUGAUUUGGAGAGGUUUUCAGAGGUCACAAAGCGAACUAAAUCAGAGGGGGGCAGAGUUUCUCCUCAUGAUAAGAUGGCUAAGCGAUUGAGUUUCAUGGCGGGCCUUGGCAUCAACUCUUCAACAAAGAGUAAACCAAGGGUGGAAGUCCCGUCCUCCGAAAUGAAUGUAAAGCCGGGCCAACCAACCACUAAUAUUCAAAGAGCAUGGGUACAGCUGUGUAAAUUGCGUUGUAUACUUCACUGGUCUCAUAUUGGCAUAUGGGCAGUAGAUGAUUCUAUUUCCUCAAAAAUAGGACCCUUUGUUGACGAUGAAGGUACUGAUGAGGGUCCAAGUGACACUGUACCAGUCCGCUUGCAAGACAAGUCAUUGUGGAAGAAAAACGCGGACAUACCUUUGUCGUCAUCUAGUACAGAUGAAAGUCAGAGGAGUGACACUUUCGACUUCGAAAGCGAAGACACAGAGAACGCAACCACAGAUGAAUCACCCGCCGGUGUAUCUCCCUCAGAUACGUCGUCCUCAGCUGCGACUACUACGAGUGGAAACUCGUCGGCAGCAGAAGAACAAGGCCAUAAUGAGGGAGAUGAUACAGUAACAAAAGAUGAUGAGAGUAGUAGUAAGUCGAUAAAAAGACAUAACGAAGAAAGUGCCACUACCAACGAUAAAAAGGUUCAUGAAAAGCCGAAAAGGAAAGCUUCUCAGCGUAAGAUUCAAAAGAAGAAAUUGCUCAGGGAUUUGGAUGAAUUGGAAGAACAAUUUAGAGAAGAAAGUACAAAUGUCCAGGACGAACUCAAAAGCUCUGAUGAUGUCAAAGCUCAAGUUGUAUCUCCAGACAAUACUACUUCUACAGAAAAGGACACUAAAGGAGAUGAGCGUUCAAGCAAUAAAUUAUCAAAGUUGUCAAUAAACAAUGAACACAAUGAACAAAUAAAGGAAAACAGUCCAGGGAGAGGAUUGCAUGCAUCUUCAAGCAACGAUGACAAUUUUGACGAUGCCCAAGAACAACAAUAG